UCUCUUCAAAACUCUCUUUUUCCUCUCCAGGUUUUACCAACCCAUUCAUUAUUCCUUUCUUUUUUCAAACCUUGGAGAGAUCUUUGCACGAACAAACCUUGAAAGACUGAUUCUUUUCCUUGACCCAGUAGAAAAAAGUUUGUGUUUUUUUUUUCCUUCUUUCUAUUAUAAAAAACAGAGAGUUUAGGGUUUGUGUUUGGAUUUUAGUAGAGGAAGAGGUAUGCUCAAGGUUUUUGCUGAAAUUUUCGGCUUUUAUCAUCAGUUCUUGUUUCUCUUCCUUAUAUACGGUGGAUUUGCAAGAGAAAUACUCUGAUUUUGUUCUUGGGACAACAUUUCUAUUGAGUUGCUUUGGUAUCCGUUGACAUCAUAGGACUUGCAGAAUUUAGAGAACUUCUUGAUUAGAUGGCCAUUGAUUACAAGGAACGGAUGCAUCACUCCUAUAAGAUGCACUCUUCCAUGUGCAUAGAACUGAAGAACUUAGUUGAUCGAAUCAAUGGAAUCGUUCCUCAUAUAGAAGAUGCUCGACCCGGUUGCUCCUCAGGGAUACAGACUCUUUGUUUACUCCACAAAUCUCUUGCUAAAGCUAAGCAGCUUCUCCAAUCUUGCAGAGAAUCUAGUAAACUCUACAUGGCAGUAACAGGAGAUGCUAUACUCACCAGAGGCUCUAGAGCAAAAACAUCAUUAGAGGAAUGCUUAGACGACAUUCGAAGUAUGGUUCCGACUGUUUUGGCUACCAAGAUAACUCAGAUAGUCCAAGAUCUUAGAUCAACUGUGCUGACUCUAGAAUCAUCUGAAGAAGAAGCUGGGAAAGCUAUAAGAGACUUGAUGCGAAGGAGCACGUCGUCUUCUGUUUCUUUGGAUGAAAUCAGAGAGUUCCAUAUUGCCGCAUCAAAACUCCAUCUUUUAACUCCUCAAGCCGUUGUGAUUGAGAGAAGAUCCUUAAUUUCGAUUAUGGAGAAAUUACGAGAGGGUGAAGGGAAUAAGAAGCAGAUUUUGAAGUAUCUCCUCUGUCUCCUGAAAAAGCAUGAAAAAAUCAUCUGUCAAGAGCACGAAGAGAACUCUUUCUCACAUCAUCAGUUCAUCAAUGAUUCUCUACAUGCUGAUGCUGCGGAAGCCGAGUGUUCUGAGGAAUACAGUGCUACACUUCCCGAGCAAUUUAAAUGCCCGCUUUCACGUAGCGUGAUGUAUGAUCCUGUCAUCAUUUCUUCAGGUCAUACCUUUGAGAGGAUGAGGAUUCAGAAAUGGUUCGAUGAAGGUAAUGUUUUUUGCCCUAAAUCAAGAAGGAGACUGGACGAUUUCACUUUGGAGCCUAAUGAGGCGAUCAAGAAUCAGAUAUCAAAGUGGUGCGCCAAGAACGGUCGUGAUGUUCAAGAACCAGCGAUGAUGCACACAAAUGCUUCUCGCAAUAUCGACUUCUCUGUUUCCAUUGCUAGUUUCGGAAGUUCCCUGUGCAAUAUCCCAGAUCUUAGCAGCCUUUCGAUUACGGAUUUCAACGCAUAUUCCAUUGAUUCACCAUCCUACUCUAAGAUGUUAAAGGGGAGUUACUUUACGCCAAUGCAGCGGAUAGAUUCUGGUUCAGGCGCUAGUGUCACAGAUUCUUCUAGUAACAACGAGAUUGAGAUAGAUCCCUUAUGUGGACUCACUACCCUUCCGUGGGAUGCACAGAUCAAGGUCAUCGAAGAUGUAAAAAGUCGUUUUGAGCACAGUACUCGGGCUUUUCGGUCUAUGUCACCGAGUAAAUUUCUUGAGCCACUUAUCACAUAUCUGAAGAAUGCUCUCGAAAGAAAUGGCACUGCAGGAGACAUAAUAAAGGGGGGAUUGGAUUUGUUAUUGGCAUUUCUCAAUGGAAACAGGAAGGCUAUAGAAUCUCUGGAAGCAGAGGUUUUCAAAAUGUUUUCGGUCUUUCUCGAGUCUGAUGUAGUAGCUGAAGAAGCUCUGAACAUACUUGAGGUUGUCUCCAGCCACCAGCACGGUCUCUCCAAGAUAACUUCAUCAGGCUCUCUCUCUUCCCUCUUGAAGAUCGCAGAGUCUCAAGCAGCACAUCUCCAAGAACAAGCUAUGAUCACACUCAAGAAUCUUUCAUCAAGCGCUGAGAUAUGCCUGGAAAUGGUAUCUCUCGAUUUCAUCCAGAAGCUCACAUCUUUCUUGCAACGAAACAUUUUCUGCAAACAGUCGAUCAUCAUUCUGAGAAACCUCUGCAACACUGAGAAAGGUCGGAUUUGUAUCACCGAAACUCCGGAUUGUUUAGCUUCCAUAGCUGACUUGCUCGAGUCAAAUGUUCCUGAGGAGCAAGAGAAUGCAAUCACCAUCAUCCUACAGCUCUGUGUGCAAAAGAUCGAGUACUGUGAGCUUGUCUUGGCACAAGUAUCUGAUAUUUACUCAUCCCUUUUGUUGAUAUCCAACAAUGGAACAGAGGAAGCCAAGGUGGGUGCAUCGGAAUUGCUUAGAGCUCUUGAAGAAGUAGAUGUCGACAGAAGAGAAGAAGAAACAACUGUUUCAACUACUCCACAGGUUGUUACUUAUCAGGAACCUAUGAUAAAAACACCAGCUCCUAAGAAAUCUGGUUUUUUUGGAAUCAGUUUCUCCAAAAAUAAGAAGAAGAGAUAGAUACCAAACAUACGUUCAAUUAGGCUCGUUUUAACUUAAUUUUUGAGAAAUUUCAUUUAUUUCUUUUGGUUCUCUGUUUAUUGCCUUAGGUUUGAAUAUGUUGAUUCCAUUAAUACAAGUAUAGUUGUAAUUUGUGAAAAAGGAUAUAAUUGUGAGGAAAAUAGCUUGCUUAUGUAAAUCAUUUAUUUUAGGCAUUUUUUUAACAUUAUUUGUUUAGCA